UAGAUGAUAAUAUACGGAGUAUAAUGUGACUCGAUGAUUAGUAAGUUCGCAAACACACCUAAAAAACUUCACUUGAAAAUGAUUAUUGGUCAGAAACUACCUAUUUUUUUUUAUUAUCAAUUCAUUAUCAGUAGUAGGUAUUAAGUAUAGUUAUCACCGCUCAAGAUAGUAGGUACCAUAAUAUUAUGUGCGGUUAAAUCGUUUUUAAUAUUUGCUCAAGUAGUAAGUACUAUUAGUCUGUAGUUGUGUACCUACUUGUAAUCUGUAUGGACUAUAAAAAUGUUGCAAAACGAUCAUGAUUCGUGACGGAUGAUUCACGUGAUAUGUUAGCUUCGGCGAGAUUCAUGAAGAAAAAUCGUUGUUUACCGAAUUUUGACCACCGCAUCAGUCGAUGGACCGCCGACUUAAGAAUGCCCUAUUCGCCGCGUCCGCAGGAGUCUGCGGUUCGUCGGCCGGCUUGUUCAGCAAGAUUGGAAUGAGCGUUGACGAGUUCUUUGGCUACGACGAUCAGGCUCUGUACACCAAUUUGGCCAGAUUCAUCAUGUUGACAAUGGUCGUGCUGGCUAAUAUCGGCGUUUGGCUAAUGUAUACCAGAUCCCUGCGAUACGGUUCCACGUUGGUAUCCACCGGCAUCAGCAUUGCUGCCAAUUACAUCUUUACUGCUAUAACUGGUGUAUUAUUGUUUGCUGAGAGUUGUUCAAUUCUUUGGGCAUGCGGCACAUUUUCUGUCAUGAUUGGAGUUAUACUGAUGUCAAUUUGAAUAUUUAAUAAACACAAAUGUUUACUGAUCUCAUGCACAUA